AUGGCGCUGCCUGCGCUACCCAUCAGCAAGACUCGAAAGAGCACCGGCAACCUGAACGCUGCCGCCAACCCCAUUAAAUCCGCACCCACAACGCCUCGCAGUGGCCUGCGAGCCCCGUCCGGCGUUCUCGCACCUCCUUUACCGAUCCCGAACUCCGCCUUGCCUCACCCGAGGCCGUCUCCGAGCCUCAACGCUGCUGGCAAGACUCUUAGAAAGACAGUCAGCAUCAACUCUUUCCCUCAUCCGCCCAGGGGCGACCACCGGUCGACUAGCAUGCCUCCUAGCCCCCUGGCAAACGAACAGGCUCGAUCCCGCAAAGCCAAGUCACCAAAAGAGCUCUCCCACAGCACCUUCUCGCCCACCACCCCUAGCCUUCUCAACGGGAGCGGAGAGGGCAAGUCAGUGAGCAGCGUGCGCAUGUCGGACGGCCUGAUCAGCGUCUCCUCGCCGCCUCAUAGUCGCAGUUCCUCGGCCCAGGACUCAUACUCGACAUCUGCCACCACGUACGAGGACUCGGGCGAGGCAUCACAGAACGCUGACGCAUCCCGGCCUGCCUCCAUGUCGGACAAGCGGUCCUCCAAGGGCGAGGGCAAGGGCAACGUUAUCGUGAGCGUGCGUGUGCGGCCCGACGCCAACACCGACCAGCAAAGUCCUGAGGGAGAAUGGAUGGUGGACGGCCGAAAGUCACUCAUCGCCUACCGGGGCAAAGAGGGCGGCGAUCAUUACUAUGACAAUGUCUUUACGACUCAUGACAAUAACUCACGCGUCUACGACCAUAUCGCAAAGCGACUCGUCCGCCGCGUCAUGGAGGGCUAUCACGGCACCGUCUUCGCCUACGGUAUGACGGGUACUGGAAAGACGUUUUCCAUGCAGGGAACGGCCUCUUCGCCGGGCGUGAUCCCUCUAGCCAUUACCGACAUCUUCUCCUACAUCCGCGAAACCCCAUCCCGAGAGUUCUUGCUCCGAGUAAGCUAUCUGGAAAUUUAUAACGAGAAGAUUCAUGACUUGUUGAGCAUGCCCACGGGGAGCGGUGUCGGUGGCGCCGUCCAACAAGACGAGAUCAAGCUGCGUGAGGACAGCAAGCGUGGCGUCUACGCGACCCCGCUCAAGGAGGAGAUUGUUCAGAGCCCUACCCAGCUGCUGCGAGUGAUUGCUCGCGGUGACCAGGCCCGUCGGACGGCCAGCACGCAGUUCAACGCCCGUAGCUCUCGAAGUCACGCCGUCGUGCAGAUCGUCGUUGAAAGCCGCGAGCGCAUUCCAGGAGCCGGAGCUGGCGGACCCGAGGGCAAGAGAUCUGCCAUACUUCCUGGAGGAGUUCGAGUGUCGACGCUGAGCCUUAUUGACCUUGCUGGCUCGGAGAAGGCCGCCGAGUCCAAGGAGCGCAGACAGGAAGGUGCUCACAUCAACAAGAGCCUUCUGACGCUGGGCACCGUCAUCGCCAAGCUCUCUGAAUGGAAAGACAAGGAAGCCAAGGGCGGGGACAAGGAGGGAAAACAUCUGCCGUACCGUGACAGCAAACUGACGCGCCUGCUUCAGGGUGCAUUAUCCGGCAACUCGCUGGUCAGCAUCCUUUGCACGAUUCAAAUAGGUGCCGCUGGCAGCGCCGCCGCCGCAAACACCCACACGACCGAAACACUAAACACCCUCAAGUUUGCGUCGAGGGCCAAGAACAACAUUGUGAGUCACGCAAAGAGAGCCGAAGAAGCCCUCGGUGCCGGCGGCGAUGGCGGUGCUCGAGUGCUAUUGGAGCGAUACCGGAUGGAAAUUCUUGAGCUCCGGCAGCAACUCGACACUCAGGCCAAGAAGAACAAGGAUACUGAGAAGGAGAAGGAGGAUGAAGCGGAGAAGGUUCGUGAGCAGGAAAUGUCGGAACGACACGAAGAACAGAUGCUCGAGAUGCAACUCGCGAGGACGGCACUGAAAGAGCGCAUCGAUCAUCUGAACCGGCUCAUACUCAGCUCCAAGUCGAUUGGCGUCAACUCGAACGGAUCCAUGAGCUCUCUCGGCCAGUAUGCCAGGUUCUCUCAGCUGUCACUCACGGGCUCUGUUCGGUCGUCGGUUGCCACUUCCAACGGCACGAAGCCGUUGAUGGAGCGGACCGCAUCCAUGACUUCGACUUCGUCCACGAUCGGGCGGCGGUCGAGCGCCGGACAGAGAUUAUGCGGCGGAGACGCCGACGCUGCGGAAGGCGAGGACGACAGCGUCGGAGAAUACGGAGACGGGACUGCGUCCCUGACGGCGCAGAACCGAGCGCUGCAGGCCGACCUGGCGGACAAGAACCGAUACAUCGCGACGCUAGAGAAACGGCUUCUUCAGGCGCGGCGAGCGAGCUCGUCCCGAACGUCGGUCGGCUUCUCGACGCCAAAGGGAAUCAUGGUUGGUGAAGAUCACAGCGUUGCCGCCGCGUUGAAGGAGAAGGACGCAGAGAUCGCGGACCUGCGAGAGAGACUAUACGACAAGGACAGGAUGUUGUCAGCCCUCCGCAGUGCGGCCCGGUCGCGAGACAAUGCCGACGCAUCGGUCGAGGCGCGAUCUCCUCAGUCUCAACACGGAGGGCGUGGUAAGCACCCGACGAGCCCGACUCCAACGAAGCCAGCGAGGGGACGCACCAAGAGCGUCGACGAGAUGAACCGGAUGCUCGAGGAAAUGAUCCAGGACGGCGUCGAGACGGGACACAUCGUUAAGAGUGCUCGUGGCAGCGUCCGACUGCCGGUGAGCCACGGAACGGAGACGCUGGGCUCCCCUGGGGAGCUCGAGCCACUGCGUCAGGGCCCCGUACCGCCCGAGGGCGACGGCUUGGCCGCGAUUGAGGCUGCCUGA